AUAGGCAGAGGCUGAAAACAGAUGGGAAAAGGUGACUGAUACCAUUGUCUCUAUCUGCCUGCCUGCCUGCCUGUCUUGCCGGUCGGAUAUAAUCGUCAGGGCGAGAUGCAGGAGACUGCAGGUGUCCUGACGGUGCGGGCCCUGAAACACUCAGCCCUCUGUCUGGUUUUGCUGCCCCGGUUCCUCCUGGCAGCGCUGAUGCUGUGGCUCCUGGACUUCCUGUGCAUCAGGAGGAAGGUGCUGCUGAAGAUGAGGGAGCAGGGCAGCAGCCGCGAUGACCCGCCCGUCUGCGUCUCCGACUCCAACAAGAUGUUCACCCUGGAGUCGCUCAGAGCCGUAUGGUAUGGACAGAAAUUAGACUUUUUCAAAUCAGCGCACCUUGGAUUUAUCGCGCCCAACACAGAGGUGGUGCAGCUGAAGGACCGGCGCAGGGUCAGAGUCCUGGACUAUGUGAAAGGGAGGAGACCUCUCAUCCUCAACUUCGGCAGUUGCUCCUGACCACCGUUUAUGACGCGCUUGGCCGCGUUUCAGCGCGUCGCGAGCCAGUACGCGGACAUCGCUGACUCUCUGCUUGUAUACAUCGAGGAGGCGCAUCCCUCGGACGGCUGGGUGAGCUCCGAUGCGCCGUACCAGAUACCCAAGCACUGUUGUCUAGAGGACAGACUGAAAGCCGCUCAGCUGAUGCACUCCGAGGUGCCCGGCAGCAACGUGGCGGUGGAUAAUAUGGACAACUCGUCUAACGCGGCGUAUGGAGCCUAUUUUGAGAGACUUUAUAUCCUGAGGGAUGAGCGGGUCGUGUAUCAGGGGGCCAGAGGACCAGAGGGCUACCGGAUAUCAGAGUUGAGGAACUGGCUCGUGCAAUACCGGAACGAUUUGGAGAAUUCCAGAACAGUGGUGGUCCACGUUUAACUUAAAGAUAACCAUUACCUGCGGCGCGUAAAGUGUCCACACAUCAAAUAAGUAUUCAGAUGCUGCUACAAACUCUUGACACACUGCACAUAUGCCUCUACAUGUUGUUUUGGUUCAGAAGCGUUAUAACAGGACGCAGACAGACAUUGUUCAUGUUUAUUAUGAUGUAAAACGCAUGAUAGGCUUUGCAGUUCUGCUGUCUUGUUCCUCAUGUUUUGUUUUCUUUGUUUUUGUAAGGAUAUGUCCUGUUGAUUUGAACCUCUGCAACAUUUUGACUUAUUUCAAUUUGAGCAUCAUUUGAUUAUGAUCACUUUAUUUUUCUAUGGCUCUACCUUGAAGGUGUGUGUGUGUGUGUGUGUGUGUGUGUGUGUGUGUGUGUGGUGUCUUGUGUGUGUGUGUGUGUGUUG